AUGGCAGUCCGUCUUCCGGCAGUUCCUAGUUCUGUUGUUACCUUCUCUUGCUCGUCUCGACAUCAUCCUAGUCCCACCUCGGAGGCCAACCCGAAGACCAACAUCUUUUCGCUCGUUUUUAUUCGGUUGGAUAAUAUAAAAAUGAGGGGGUCGUCAUCAAUAGAGAGCAUUGUGCUCUUCCUCUUUGGUGGUUGUAUGAUUUUACAAGUGUUGGCGGCGACAUGCUAUCAUCUCGAUGGCACAAACGCGGGUCCAUCGAACGCCCUGUGUAAUCCCAAUGCCACCGGCACGGAAGGUUCACAUAGUUCGUGCUGUAAUGCGGAUAAUGGUGACGCCUGCUUAUCAACCGGUCUGUGUCUCAACAGUCUCUCUCGUCAACAGAGCCAUCUGCUAUGGGCUACGGCAUGUACGGAUCCCACAUUUAAGGACCCAAGCUGUCCUCAAUACUGCCAUGGACUCAAGAUCGACAAUGCACAUCUUAAGGCCUGUAACGAUAGUGGCUUCUGGUGUUGUGAAAGUGACGCCAAUAUCUUAACUACCCAGCAAUGUUGCAAUAAUUCCUUCAAAUUAACGCAACCUGUCGGCACCGUCAUCGCACAACUUCAAUCCGGUAUUGGGGCGAUACCUCUCGCAACGGCCUCUUCUGUGAUAUCGAAACCUGCGAAUAGCAAUUCCUCCACGGACACAUCAGAUUCCAUCCCUUCGGGUGCCGUCGCAGGGCUUGCCAUUGAGGGUGUUAUCAUGACACUCGCUCUUGCGGGAGUAGGUUUCAUGUUUUGGCGUAAUAGCCUAUUGAAUAAGAAAGUAUUGGAAGCCGAAGCAGCUACCAUAGCCGCGAGGGCUCAGCAGCAACAGCAACAGCAACAGCAACAACAAUAUCAGUGGCAGCCGCCUCCUUCGUCGCAUGGAACAAUCCCUCACUCGGGUGCGUGGGGCUACAGCAGUCCAGUUGAGGCGGAACCAAAAAGGAGUGAAUUGCAAACACCGGGAUUAGGAGCCUACACGGAACUUCCUGGGGCAGAUGUCAUAGGGACUGAGCUUUCAUCGGAGCCGAGGACACCGAAGACACCCGGAAGUCCAUUCCAUCAACAGUAG